AUACUCAAAACAAAUGUCUAAAUAUGGUUUCGGAUCGCAAUGACAUUCAAUACACCGUUAUUUAGGCGUUUGUUUACCAUAUUAGCGGUUUUGGUGAUUGUCUACAGUGUUGUUGCCGAUUGUAAAACAGUUACCACUACUGCCAAACAUACAAAAAUUGACAAAAAUAAUGGUAUUUUACGGUUCGUAAAGAAUGUUAGACAACACCAUCUCCAACACCAACUUCAACAACAACAACAACACCAACAAAACGAAGGUCCGGUGUCCGGUGUAUUGACCACAAAAAUAAGUGCUAAUAAUAAUAAUAAUAAGAACAGAGAAAAAGUGGCGACCAUUGACUACAAUAGUAUGACUACAGCUGCCGAUGAAGACGAUGAAGAGGAUCGGACACUUCAAGCGGCCAACGAUGUCUAUCACGACUACGAAAUGAAUGGCGAACAGGGAAACGCUACCGAAGCGCCAGACAUGGAUCCCAAUGCCGAACUGGUCGAUGAAAAGGGUGAGAAAGAUAUCGAUACGUCUAAGGAUAGUAAAGGCGACGGCAAAGAUGAUGAUGACGUCGAUGAUGAUGAUGAAGAUGAUGUCACUCUCAAGUCUGCCUGGAUUAUGAAUAAUCCAAAUAUGACUACUGCUCAUCCACUGCUAGUACAAGAGGUGACCACAAAAAGGCCACAAAAACCCGGAGAUCCAAGAAUCAAUAAUAAUACAGUUGUUAUGUCCAACACAUCGACAACAAUGACGACACCGAAGCCUAGAAAACUGACCGACAAAGUAAAGUCAUUGUUGCAGAACACGUACACUGGAAUCAAGACGAAAAUCAAUUCGACAAUAAUGACUACUCGGCAGUUGUGUCUGGAAACGGCACAGGACUCGGGCUAUUGGUGUUCAAACAGUACUGAUCAUCAAACAGGACGGCUAACCAUUCGCUACUACUAUCAUAAGGACAGAAAGGUUUGCGAGUGUUUCCUUUAUUACGGCUGUUUUGGCAAUAAAAACAACUUCAAUACAGUCAAAGAGUGUGAGAACAGUUGCGGCUGGUAUUUCGGUAUCGACGAUAAACGACAAAGACAACUGUCCAAAGAUGACUGUUCCAUAAAUCCUUAGAAAAU